AUGGCAGGCCUACCAACGAUCUACUACGGCGCCGUCGUCAACCCCCAGUCGCUCACAUCCUAUCAGGCGCUACCGCGUUGUCUCCUUGCGGUGUCGUCCGAAGGGACGAUUGAUUGGACCGUUGAUGAUGUGGAGGAUUCGAUGGUGCAGGAGGUGAUGUCACAGAAGGGAUGUGUGGAUGCUGAGGUGGUUCCUCUGCGGGAGGGCGAGUUCCUGAUGCCAGGCUUCGUGGAUACACAUACUCAUGCGCCUCAAGUUCCGAACAUGGGGAGCGGUCAGCAAUACGAGCUCCUAGAUUGGCUCGACAAUGUGACCUUCCCCAUGGAAGCCAAUUUCGCCGAUGCCGAAUUUGCUCGCGAGACCUACGUUGAAGUGGUCCGGCGGGUAAUAAACUGCGGGACAACAACGUGCUGCUACUACGGUACACUGCAUGUGGAGGCCACCAAGAUACUUGCAGAGAUAAUACACGCUAAAGGUCAACGGGCGUAUGUUGGUAAAUGCAACAUGGACCGUAAUUCUCCCAAUUACUAUGUCGAGCCUUCCCCCGAAGCUUCCGUUGAGGGCACGCGAGAACUUAUCACCUACAUCCGCUCACUCCCGCCCUCUCCUCGCACCACAACCCCCCUCGUACACCCGAUCCUCACCCCCCGCUUCGCUAUCUCCUGUACCUCCCCUCUCCUCCAAUCCCUCCAAUCCCUCGCCCUCUCCGACCCCUCCCUCGCCGUCCAGACCCACAUCUCCGAGAACCCCUCCGAAAUCGCCUUCACGCUCUCCCUUUUCCCCAACACCUCCUCAUACGCACAGGUUUACGACUCGUUCUCGCUCCUGCGCGAGAACACGAUCCUCGCGCAUGCGGUGCACUUGCAAGAUGAGGAGAAGCAGCUGAUUAAGGAGAGGAAGGCGGGGAUAAGCCAUUGCCCGACGAGCAACUUCAAUUUGAGCAGUGGUGUGGCUCCUGUUGGAGACUUCCUGGAUCGAGGGAUCAAGGUGGGGUUGGGAACGGAUGUAUCGGGCGGGUUCUCUCCGUCGAUAUUGUCUGCAGUCCAACACGCGAGCAUUGCGUCAAAGGUCAUCGCUAUGAACGCGCGGGAUACCCUCAGCGUCAAGGACGGAUCCUUCGCCAACCGCGCUCUCACAAUCCCGACGCUGCUCUACCUCGCUACCAUGGGCGGCGCCGAGGUCUGCUGCCUCGACAAGCAAAUCGGCAACUUCUCCGUCGGCAAGAGCUUUGACGCCCUCGUCAUCAACGUCGGAAAGGACAACGCUAAUCCUGCCGCAGUCUGGGGGGUGCCGCAUUCCACCCCGAAAAGCGGGGACCAUACGAAGCCGAAGUCGAAGGAGGAGGAAUUGGACGGGUGGCUGGAGAAAUUCCUUUUCUGCGGUGACGAUCGCAAUAUUCGGAGGGUCUAUGUGCAAGGAAGGCUUAUUGGUGGGACUGCGUUCUCGGGCUAG